AUGUCGAGCAUCAUUCGAAGCGCGACUCGCCGUAUGCGCGUCCAGCGCAUGCGCACCACCCCCCUCGUCUCGUCUGCCGCUCGUAUCAUCGUCCCCGCCGCGACCCCCGUCGUCCACCGCCGCGGACUGGCCACGCCCGCUGCCCCCUCUCCCGCCCCUGCCAACGCCGCGACCAACAUCCCGUCGCAGGACGCCAAGCGCCUCAAGAAGGUCCUGAUCGCGAACCGUGGUGAGAUUGCCUGCCGUGUCAUCCGCACUGCGCGUGAGCUCGGUGUCCGCACUGUCGCCGUCUACUCCGAUGCCGACAAGGACUGCCUGCACGUCGAGAUGGCCGACGAGGCGUACCACAUCGGUCCUGCCCCUGCCGCCGAGUCCUACCUUCUCGCCGUUGCAGCCGCCUCUGGCGCUGACGGUAUCCACCCCGGCUACGGAUUCCUGUCCGAGUCGCCCGAGUUUGCCCGCGCCGUCGCUGCCGCCGGCAUUGCCUUCAUCGGUCCCCCCGCGGAGGCUAUCCGCGCGAUGGGUUCGAAGCGCGAGUCGAAGGAGAUCAUGAUUGCGGCCGGCGUCCCGUGCGUGCCCGGCUACCACGGUGCCGCGCAGGACGAGGACACGCUCGUCAAGGCUGCCGCCGACGUCGGCUUCCCGCUCCUGAUCAAGCCGACCCACGGAGGCGGUGGUAAGGGUAUGCGCGUUGUGCGCAAGAUGGACGACUUCCUCGAGGAGGUCCGCUCGGCGAAGCGUGAGGCUGCCAAAUCGUUUGGUAACGACGAGGUCCUCCUCGAGCGCUGGCUCGACCGUCCCCGCCACAUUGAGGUGCAGGUCUUUGCCGACUCGCAGGGCAACUGUGUCUCGCUGUGGGAGCGUGACUGCUCCGUCCAGCGUCGUCACCAGAAGAUCAUUGAGGAGGCUCCUGCCCCCGGCCUCUCGAUGGAGAUCAAGAAGGACCUUGCCGACAAGGCCGUCGCUGCGGCCAAGGCUGUCAACUAUGUCGGUGCCGGCACCGUCGAGUUCAUCAUGGACGCGGAGAGCGGCGAGUUCUUCUUCAUGGAGAUGAACACGCGUCUCCAGGUCGAACACCCGGUGACUGAGGAGGUGACUGGCGUCGACCUCGUCAAGUGGCAGCUGUCGAUUGCGGCCGGCAACCCUCUUCCCGUGACGCAGGCCGAGAUCCCCUGCCUCGGCCACGCGUUCGAGGCGCGUAUCUACGCCGAGCGUCCCGAGGCCAACUUCCUCCCCGACACUGGACGUCUGAUUCACACGCUGGCCCCCCGUUCCGCCCCUCACCGCCUCGACACCGGCUUCCGCGAGGGCGACACGGUGUCGUCGCACUACGACCCGAUGAUCGCCAAGCUGAUCGUGCACGGGCGCGACCGCGCCGAGGCGCUGGCGCUCCUCCGCUCCGCGCUCGACGAGUACCAGGUCGUGGGGCCGAGCACCAACGUCGACUUCCUGCGCACUGUCGCCUCGCACCCGACUUUCGCGGCCGGACCCGUCGAGACAAACUUCAUCGAGCAGCACCACGCCGAGCUCUUCCCCGAGCGCCAGAUCCCGGCCGAGAUCCUCGCCCAGGCCGCGCUCAGCAUUGCGCACCACGAGCCGGCCGGCGCCUCCGGCUCCGCCGUGGGGGCCUGGAAGGCCCUGCCCGGGCGCCGCUUCACGGACGCGUCGCCGCACGUCUACCACUUUGACGAGGGCGAGGUCACGGUCACGCAGGCGGAUGGGGCUUACGAGGUUCAGGUCGCGCCGCCCGAGGGACAGGAGGGCGAGACGUACACGCUGUCGAACAUCCGCGUGACGCGCGUCAACGACACGGACAUUGACGUGCAGUUCGCGCAUGCGCGCAGCACCGCCAGCGUGAUUCCGCACGGCACCAAGCUGCACGUCUUCACGCCCACGCAGCAGGUGACGCUGCGCCGGCGCGGCGCCGAGGUCGAGGGCGAGAGCGCGGGCGCGGCCGCGGGCUCGGACGCCCUCGUGUCCCCCAUGCCGGCGACCGUGAUUGAUGUCCGCGUCAAGCCCGGCGAUGUCGUCGAGGAGGGCCAGGUGUGCGCCGUCCUCGAGUCGAUGAAGAUGGAGAUCAACGUCCGCGCCGAGCGUAAGGGCAAGGUCGCCGCCGUCAAUGUCGAGAAGGCGCAGGCGGUCGACGAGGGCGCCGUCCUCGUCGCCCUGGAGCCCGAGACGGAGGAGGCUAAGUAA